UCUGGAGGAGGGAAAUGAUUAGAGGAGCCUCAGCUGGUUUUUCCCCCUCUUGAAUGGCCCUCUUUCAUCGGGAUAUGUUAGGACAAGUGCUUUUUCAAGCCGGGAUAUCAGUGGAAGACACAGUGUUCUGUAGAAGUCAGCCAGUUCCUGGGUAGCAUCAACAAGACGCGGUUUCUCUGCUCCGCACAGAAUACAUGGUCAACCUUUUCUUUUCCUUUUUUUUUUUUUUUUAUGGCUUUAGAAGCAAGAGGAUGUGAGUUUUACAGCUAGUUAUGAAUCUUUUCGAAUUUACUGACUUCUGCCUGACUCUUGGGCCAGCACAAUGCUUCUGCUGUUCAAAGGGAACCAGUCCACAUUACCUAAGCGAGAGCUUUUUCAUGGUGAAAGGCGCAGCCCUUUUCUUACAACAAGGAAGCAGCUCCCAGGGCCAGCGAAGUCUCCAGCAUCCUCACAAACAUGCAGGUGAUUUGCCUCAGCACCUCCAGGUGAUGAUCAACCUCCUUCGGUGUGAGGAUAGGAUCAAACUGGCUGUCCGUUUGGAAAGUGUGUGGACAGACAGAGUCCGGUACAUGGUGGUUGUGUACAGCAGCGGACGACAGGACACAGAAGAGAAUAUUCUGCUGGGUGUGGAUUUCUCCAGCAAGGAGAGUAAAAGCUGCACUAUAGGAAUGGUUCUUCGUCUGUGGAGUGAUACUAAAAUCCAUCUUGACGGUGAUGGUGGUUUCAGCGUGAGCACUGCAGGGAGAAUGCACAUCUUCAAGCCGGUGUCGGUGCAAGCCAUGUGGUCUGCUCUACAGAUCCUCCAUAAAGCCUGUGAAGUUGCAAGGAGGUACAACUACUUCCCAGGCGGGAUGGCCUUGGUCUGGGCCACGUACUAUGAAAGCUGCAUCAGCUCUGACCAGAGCUGCAUCAAUGAGUGGAAUGCAAUGCAGGACCUGGAGUCCACCCGCCCCGACUCGCCAGCCCUCUUUGUUGACAAGCCAACAGAAAGGGAACGAACAGAACGGCUCAUUAAAGCCAAACUCCGGAGCAUCAUGAUGAGCAAAGACCUGGAAAAUGUGACUUCUAAGGAGAUACGAAAUGAGCUGGAGAAACACAUGAAUUGCAACUUGAAGGAAUUCAAGGAAUUUAUAGACAAUGAAAUGCUGCUUAUCCUGGGUCAGAUGGACAAACCGUCGCUGAUUUUUGAUCAUUUAUAUCUGGGGGGGGAGUGGAACGCCUCCAACCUCGAGGAGCUGCAGGGCUCGGGCAUUGACUACAUUUUGAACGUGACCAGGGAAAUUGAUAACUUUUUCCCCGGUUUGUUCGCCUAUCACAAUAUCCGCGUGUAUGACGAGGAGACAACAGACCUCCUGGCUCACUGGAAUGAGGCAUACCACUUCAUAAAUAAGGCCAAGAAGAAUCGCUCCAAGUGCCUGGUGCACUGCAAAAUGGGUGUGAGCCGGUCAGCGUCUACCGUGAUCGCUUAUGCAAUGAAGGAAUUUGGCUGGUCGCUGGAAAAGGCCUAUAAUUACGUGAAGCAAAAACGCAGCAUUGCAAGACCAAACGCAGGCUUCAUGAGACAGCUUCUGGAAUACGAAGGCAUUUUGGACGCGAGCAAGCAGCGCCAUAAUAAGCUGUGGAAGCAGCAGGCGGAGAGCAACCUACCCCAGAACACAGAUGGCACCACGGGGUCGGGCGACUUCUUACUCGAGAGCUUAGACAUCGACCUAGAAAACCGCCUGGCUGACCUGGACACACCUUCGCAGUCAGCGUACCUGGACAACCGCGCCGGCACAGGAGUGUCUGUGGGGUUUAAUUACUGCUUCCGUCGCCUCUCGGACACCUUGCUGGAGAACAAGAUCCCCGGUGACAGGGAGGGCUUUUUCCACGUGGAGGAGCUGGAGCGGGAUGCGCUUGCGGAGCGCAAUGCCUCGCUGGUGGGACAGCCUCCGUCUGCGCCUUUGGAGGAGAGGCUGCUGGAGACGGCGAAAGCCCUGGAGGCAGCGGAGCCGCUGGCAGAGCUGAGCAGUUUCAGCGAGAAGGAGGUGAAGAAGAAACUGGACUUCAGCCCCAGGAAGGGGAGGAUCCUGCUGGGCCACGGGGACCCAGGGGAGGACGGUGUCAGGGAGGAAAACCCGAUGGAGAAGUGGAAGCGGCGUUUGUCCAUGCACAAGGAGGAGAGCAGGCUUAAUAGAGAGAACUUGAAUAACAACAACAGCAAAAGGAGUUGCCCAGAGGAUUUUGAGCACGAUGCUGUGUUUGGGAUCCUCAGCAAGGUGAAGCCUUCCUACCAGUCUUGCACCGACUGCAUGUAUUCCUCGGCCAGUUUGUCCCCUGACUCCUUCGGGGAGCAGUGUGAAAAGUUGAACCCUGGCGCUGCGCGCCGCAGUACCACCAUCUGCACGCAACCAGCCCUCCUCUCCCACAUCAACUCCAACUUGGCAGAGCACCUGCCCGGCAAGGCGCACUCAGAGGAAGCAAUCAGAACUAAAAAUAACGAGGCUGCGCUUCCUCUGUCGGCUGGGACUGGCGCUUUGGAGGCUGGCACUUGCAAAUCACUUGACCAACACUGCAGCGUUUUGGAGAAAGGAAAAGAUGCGCCAAAAACCCCGGUCAAAACCCUGCUGCCCAGGAGAAACUCGCACUGUGACAAGGGCCUCCUUAACGUAGAAGUGGUAAAAGAAGAGUCUCUAGCCAGAAAAGAUGGCAAACCUACCAAGGAUCUGAAGUACUUGUUGUUCAGCAAAGACUUGGAAAAGCCAAGCGCAAACAGUUACUUGAUGCAGCACCAGGAGUCUCUUAUCCAGCUGCAGAAAGCAGGCUUGGUUAGGAAACACACCAAAGAGCUGGAGCGGUUGAAGAGCCUGCCCUCGGACGCCUCGUCGCUGCUCAGAGAGAGCCCCCUCAGCAGAGUCGACUCCGGCAUUGUGGAGGAAAGCGAGGAUUUGAUUUCGCAUCACAGCCUUGUACCCCUUCUGGCGCCAGCACCUUUGAUCCCCGAAAGCGCAGAAAACGACGUGGAGAAGUUAGAGGUGAAACGCGUCUUGGAGGGGACCUCUCAGAAAACCUCCACGCCUGCCGUGUGUCGGCUGGAGCACACGAGCAGUUUCACCAAGGACUUCCUGAAGACCAUCUGCUACACGCCCUCCUCCUCCCGGAGCUCCAACCUGACGCGUAGCUCCAGCAGCGACAGCAUCCACAGCGUGCGGGGCAAGCCCGGCCUGGUGAAGCAGCGAACUCAGGAAAUCGAGACCAGGCUGCGGCUGGCUGGCUUGACUGUGUCUUCUCCUCUGAAAAGGUCCAAUUCUCUCGCCAAGCUAGGAUGUCUUAACUUGUCCUCCGAGGACUUAUCAAGUGACAUGGACGUGUCAACCGUAACGGACUCAAAAGAGGCCGUUUCAAGCGAGUCUUCUGUGCUCUGUGAGCCACAAUCCACGCUGAGGGGUGCGGACGUCGCCUCCAAACUGGCAGCGAAGCCAGCGGUCGGGAACUUGAAGAACGUGCUUUGGAUGGGCAAAAGUUGAUGCCUUCUGAGGGGGGGAGUGUGGAUUUGGGGGGUUUUAUGGCAUUUAUUCAUUGCACCGAUGCAGUUUUAUCAUCUGACUUGCAGUAGUUCAUCUGAUGCCACCUCUCCUUCCCCUCCUUGUACUCCAGUAAGCGGAGAGACAAAAAAAAAACAAACCAUAAUGGGUCAUGAAUGGCACAAGGGAAAAUAAAAUGUAUUGCAUGGCUUAGAAGAGGACUUUGUGUGUGACUUGCCUGUUGUCCUGCAGGACGCUAUUCCUAGUCCUGUUUGCCAAGUAUAAUAAUGUGGUUUUGUGUGUGUGUGUGUAUAUAGAUGGAUAUUUGUACUGAUUUAUCUAUCUAUAUAUAUAAAAUGCUGAAAUACUCUGUUUCAAGGACUCCAAAACACAAUUAGUCAUGAUUUUUUUUUUUUUUUUUUUAACAGAACAAACACAAGUCUCCAGUUAAAACAGAGCACUUGUGGAAAAAUCCUUAAGAUGGUGACAUGAACACUACCUCUGUUCUGGCUGACUUUUAGCCUUGCUUUCUUCUUUGUUUCCUUUUAAGAAGGCUUUUCCCGCAAUACUUCUCGUUGUUCGAAGCCGUUCCCUCCGUGUUGACUGUAAAGGCCUGGAGGAGCGUGGGGACGGAGGCUUUACCGUGCCGGGUGACCUAGCCGUGAAGUGAAGGAGUGUCGAGCUGUGUUCGUGUUGGCUGUGACCUGCUGGCGUCAGUCCGUCUUCGCUGCGUGACCGGGUGAAUUUGUCGUAGUUUCGUGUUGGUGCCGGAGCGACACCCAGGCUUGCGCUCCCCUGGAGAGGUGUUCUUGUUCUUUGGGUGUUUUUGCUGUCGUCGUGGUUUGUAACGUCCCAGUGCUAAUGACGAGCCUGGCCAGUAAGUGACUGUGGACCCUAGUGAAGCUUCGUGCGUUGCUGUGUCAGUGUUGUGGAUCCUGUGUUGGGGACCCUUCCUCGGGCUGUCGGUGCCACGCCGUGCCGGCGAGACGGCCGAGGAGGGAGGGCUCUCCCGGCGCCCCACGCGUUCGAAAUCCAAGUAGGCGAUAGGAGAACGUGUGGGGGUUUUUUUCUGAAUAUUACUGUUGGGUUUGGUAGAAGGGUUCCUGCGCCCUUGGUUUGCCGGCAGCCUGGGAAGCUGUUGAAGAAGUCCAAGGGGUUAUUUAUGCUGGGGGAGCCGGGUGGAUGUGUCCCAGCUCUUGUGGGGCUGAUGGGCAUAAAUCCUGCUCUCGGGGGGGGGGCACAUCCUUUGGGGCGAGCAGUUGAACAGCAGCACGGGCUCACUCCAAAGAGAGGGAAGGGCAUUGAAGGUGUGGGCAUUGAAGGUGUGGGUGAGGUCUCCUUUCGGAGGAGAGCUGGCGUGACCUGCAGGGAGGACACCGGGGCCGCCUGUGCUCUCGGCGAGGCGCCCAUGGCGCGGUGUCCUCUGCGUGGCUGUCAGAGCCGAGGGAGCCGCGUCCCUUCCCACGCCAGCGGCCGGCUCUCGGGGACCGGUCUCAGCCCAGCGUUACCAUGUGCUCCUCCUCUUGCUGCUCUGCUGUGGGAGAUGCUCAAAACCCAGCAGUUCACCGGUGCUAUGUGAAGUGUGCAUUUCCUAAGAAUAUUUUGGGCAGCCGGCCGGGUUGAGAACUGCUCUGGGCAAGAUGCGCCGGCCGAGUCGGGAGGGAAGAGCUUGAGAAGCGCGUAGGGGACGUGCUCCAAACCUUGGGGCUCUCCGAGUCCCGCGUGAAAUCCUGCUGGCUGCUUGUGCCUGCGGGGUGAUCUCUUGAAGCGGGCUCGGGGGUCAAAACAGACCUCGGAAGUCCGUGGUGGCACAUGGAUGCAUUGGCUCGUUCAGCAACCAGGCUGCGCGUGUGGGCUCUCCCACCUUGCGCGAUGGAUGUGGUUUAGUGGUGGGAUGGUAGGGUUUGGGGAACGGUUGGACUUGAUGAUCUUAAAGGGCUUUUCCAACCUAGACGAUUCUGUGAUCUCUGUCAAAAGCCACUCUUAAAAACCCCCUCCCUGAGGUGGGGGAGAGAGCAGGGCUGCAAGCAAUCGUUCUCUGAGUCUCUAUUAAUCAAAAAUCCACUGCCUUGAGAAAGGGAGCCCUGUGUUUUACUGUCCUAGAUUCCCAAAGUUUACCUUUUCUUCCUUAAGACCCCACAUUUUUAUAUUAACAGCGUGAGGCAUUGUAGGGACUGGCAAUCAGUAAAUGAAUGUCCCUCCUCGAAGAAUCUUAAGCUGAAAAUGUGCAUCGGAUUUAAGGCACGCUUCCCGUUUCACCCACGAAAGCUGGUUUGAAGCAAAGGCUGCUGCGCGAGGGCACCCUGGAAAAUGCACAAGGUUUUGCUUUUUAGGGCUGAGGGAACGCCGGGCGGUGCUCGGGGGAGGACGGGAACACCCCCCGUGCUCGGGGGAGGACUCAAACACCCCCUGCCCGAUGCCAGCGCACCCUGGGUGCACGCGCAAGUCCGCGUCUGCAAUAAAUUCCCUAUAUUUGUGUCAUCUUUACCCUCCUUGUUUACACCCCGAUUCUGAGCAAUGAAGGGGGCAGGCGGUGGGGCACGCAGGAGGCCCCGGAGCUCUCCGAUGCCGCGGGGCUGGGAGCAGCCGCCCGGGGCGGGGGGGGGACACACACACCUUGUGCCUCCCACCCCCGGCGAACCCCCACCUCCCAGCGCUGCGCUGGGGUUUGAUCCCUGCACACCUGGAUCGUGGGCCUCUGCCGGCAAGGGCCGUUUGCACCUUUCUUUUUCUCCAUCCUACGUUACACCGGCGCCGUUCUCAGCGCUGCAGAUGCUUCCCAUUGCUGCCCGGGCGAGGG